UAGUUUUGCUUGAACCGGUCCGGUUCAAUCGGUACAGACUUCUGAACACCCUCCCUUCUUUCCUUUUUUCGCACUCAAAAAUCCCUCCAACAAACAAGACAAAUAAAUAAAUAUAAUCUCAAAAAUAUAAUUAACAAUAAUUACUCCCUUCCUCCUUUUGUAUAGCAUCAGCAAUUAAAUCUAUGUUUGGAGGUCAAGUGAUUCCGCCUAGCAAAAGUCCGCAUUUAAGGAAGUCUGGUAGCCGACCUGUCGUCUUUGAUCUUGAUAAGGAAGAGGGAAAUGUUGAGAUGGAAGGUUUUUUACAUUCUACGGGGUCGAAUGAUUUGAAAAUUGCUAGUUUACCGAUUACUACUGCAGCGAUAAUGCCUUCUCCAAUAUUGUUAUGGAGAUUCAAGGUACUGUUGUUUUUUCUCUGGGGUUUUAUUUGCUGCAAGAUUGGAUGGGAUUCUGUUAUGAGAAUGAGUGUGAAUUUGCGGGACCUUUUUCUUUACGAGGCAUUUUUGUAUUACAAUCCUCUUCUUCUUGUGACUAUGAUGGUUUGGCUUUGGGGAGUUAAUUUGUGGGUUUUUGCACAGUCUACCAUCAGCUAUGCUAAAAUUUUUGAUCUGGACCAAAAUCAUCUUACUCACAGAGAAAUAUGGAAGGUUGCCACAUGGAUGACUAUCAUCGUCCCUACUAGCAUGACAGCAUAUCUUUAUCUAUAUUCUCAUGGAGAAGUGUCGUUGGCUGCAUCACAACCAGUCUUAUUAUACUGUGCUGUUUCUUUGGUUUUGAUAUUCCCCUUUGAUAUUUUUUACUUGUCAUCCCGCUACUACUUGCUAAGGACUCUUUGGCGGAUAGUUUUCCCGUUACAGGCUAUUACAUUUGCUGACUUCUUUGUGGCUGAUAUUUUGACCUCCAUGUCAAAGGUGUUCUCAGAUCUGGAGCGUUCAGUUUGUCGAAUGGUCCAUCGCCAGGUUGCCACUAUAGCAUGGUUUGAAGCUGACUCUGUUUGCGGCAGCCACUCCAUUGGGAUCCCCAUAGCUCUAGUUUUGCCUUACAUUUUCCGAUUAUUUCAGUGUCUUCGACAAUACAAGGAUACUAAGGAGAAAACAACUCUUUUUAAUGCUUUAAAAUAUUCGACUGCAGUACCAGUGAUUUUUCUUUCAGCCCUUAAAUAUCAUGUCCUCCCGGAUAAUUGGACAAACUUCUAUAGGCCACUAUGGCUUCUCUCAGGUGUCAUAAACUCAUUAUAUUCGUUCUACUGGGAUGUGACCCGGGAUUGGGACUUGAGCUGUUUCACCAGAAUUUUCAAAUAUAACAAACCAAGUCUGUGUUCGUACCUAUUACAUGGACGAAAAUGGGUUUAUUUUUGGGUGAUAGGAAGCAAUUUCAUUUUGCGAUUGGCAUGGACAUACAAGCUGUCUGCUCACCUCCGCCACAAUUACCUCACAGUAUUCACAAUCACUGCCUUGGAGAUGAUUCGCCGGUUCCAGUGGGUUUUCUUCCGUGUGGAAAAUGAAUGGAAUAAAAUGAGUUCCAAGUCAAAUCUUCAGCUGUCUGAGAUCUCAUCUGAAGAAGACAAAUUACUCGCUCCCAAUGACCACAAUGUAUAGAUGGCAAAUGCUCAUUUCUUGCUAGCUGCAUGAUCUGCGGUUUUAAACGGUAACUUCCAUUUUUUCCUGUAAAGAUUUUUAUCCGUUCCACCUAGUCUGUCUGUACGAUCCAUCAAAAUAUUUGUUCAAAAAAAGAAAUAGGUUCAAGGAUACACAAUUUAGGAGAUAUAUAUCAUUCAUUAGUUACACAA